AAAUCGGAAAAUAACAGCUGAGUUUGAGGCUUGAGAUGCAAUUCGCAAUUCCAGUAUCUGUAAUGCAUUCUGCAAAAACUUCCAUUCAUCCUAAAGUAUAACAUAAAUAAACUGAGGACCACCUUCAUGAUUCAGUUCAAAACAGGUUUCAGUAAACCGUUGUAAUAUGUCGCAACAAUUGAUAAACGAACAAAGCAAAUAUAUCUUAGACUUAUUUUCUGAACAGACUAUUGAUUCACAAACUUUAGAUUCGCUUUCAGCACAAGUGCAGAAAAGGUUUCCUAAAUCUGAACAUUUCAACUUAUGCCUCCUCCUCUCAUCCCUUAUCACUGGUGGAGACUUGUCACUGCCUGGACAACGUGUGGUCGCCUUAGCUAUUCUCUUUGAUACAUACAAGCAGGACAACCCAUUCAGUUCGUUGUUCUUGCACCUUUUAGAAGGCAAGCCAGGACUAUUGCCUUUAGCACCGCAAGAAAGACUUUUCAUUGGACAGCUUUAUGGUUUUCUACCAGUAAAUAAUAAAGAUCUCCAGGAUCUUCUCUUCAGUCAUCGGGGUGAGUGCGUUAUAUGUUGCCAGGUCGAGUGGUCUUAGGUGGCAACCGAACCUCCACCGGAGAUUCUUAGCACCCCCUGUCCCGCCGUUACCAUGAAGCAUACAAUUCGUGUAUGGUCUUAAACAAAUAGAAAACAUAACAGACAUAAAAACCGCUGUCAUGUCCUACCGUGCACACGUAGAAUCAUUACUGCACUAUGUUUUUAUGUGAGGCAACAGCAGCAAUAAUCCUAGAAUAAGAAAAUGUAACAAAACUAGUUUAUUUAUAUUUUUACACUUGUACCUAAUUACUUAAAAAUAUUAAAUACCAGAUUAUUUAAAUGAAAAUAGUGUCAGGGGUUAAAUGAUUGUAAAUUCUAUAGUAUUAAGGAUUUUUGAAUGAGAAACUCGUGGAAACUGUCCAUGCGGUCGGAGCUAAGUUCUGCAAGACCCGCCGCAGAAGAACACAAAAACUCUCCGAUCACACUCUUAAUCUCAUGGCUGUUAGACGGGAGAUGAAGCUACAUUCUUCAACAGAUUUGACAGCAUACAGGCAACUGAACAGACAGAUCUCCAAAUGCAUGCGGCGGGACUUACGCAACUUGUAUUGAAGAAGCGAUCGAGCGGAACCAAGGCUCCAAAGACUUUGUCAGAGAUCUGUCUGCCAGAAAGAGCCAACUGUCGAAGCUGAAGACCGAGUGUGGCAGCAUAGUUUCCGGGGCACCUGAGAUUUUGAGUGAGAUUGAGAGGUUCUAUGGGCAGCUGUACACGUCAUCGUUGGAGCCACACGCAAGUGUGAGUAACGAUCCAAGAACGAGUCUUAUCCGACACUAUUCCGAAGAUAUCCCGGAAGUCAGUCUGAGCGAAAUUAGAAUGGCUCUCCAGCGCCUUAAAAACGGCAAGGCCCCAGGCGAGGAUGGAAUUACAGCGGAGCUUCUGAAAGCGGGUGGAAAACCGGUACUUGAAGUCCUUCAGAGGCUCUUUAAUUCCGUCCUCCAUGUUGGCAUUACACCGGAGCCGUGGAGCAGAAGUGCGGUGGUCUUGUUCUUCAAGAAAGGUGACAACGCUCUCUUGAAGAACUACAGACCAAUUUCCCUUCUGAGCCGCGUCUACGUGCUGUUUUCGAGAGUCAUUACGAAUCGUCUCGCGCGCAGUAUUGACGACUUCCAGCCUCCCGAACAAGCCGGUUUCCGAAAGGGUUUUAGCACCAUAGACCACAUACAUACCCUUCGGCAAGUUGUACAGAAGUCCGAGGAGCACAAUUUGCCGCUAUACCUGGCGACUAUGAGAAAGCCUAUGAUUCCGUCGAAAUUUGGGCGGUGCUACAGUCCCUUCAGCGGUGCCAAGUUGACUGUCGGUAUAUCGAAGUGCUGAAGUGUUUGUACAGUAGAGCUACGAUGGCAAUCCGAGUACAGAACCAGAGUACGAAACCUAUCCAAUUGCAGAGAUGUGUAAGUCAGGGUGACGUUAUAUCCCCGAAACUCUUCACCGCUGCAUUGGAAGACGUUUUCAAGCUUCUGGACUGGAAAGGAUACGGUAUUAACAUCAAUGGCGAGUACAUCACUAGGACCUAAGCACCAUGCUCAAUGAACUCAAUAGUGUCUCCCAACGAAUAGGUCUUAGGAUGAACAUGGACAAAACAAAGAUCAUGUUUAAUGUUGUUGGGAGCACUAAGCUCGAAGUUGUUGACGAGUAUGUUUACCUGGAGGACAAGUAGUCCGACUAGGUAAGUCUAACUUCGACCGAGAGGUCAAUCGACGGAUUCAACUCGGUUGGGCAGCGUUCGGGAAACUACGACACAUCUUCUCGUCAGACAUACCUCAAAAUCUUAAAACGAAAUUAUACAACCAGUGCGUGUUGCCAGUGAUGACUUACGGAUCUGAGACGUGGUCCUUUACUGCUGGCCGUAUGAGGAAGCUCAAAGUCGCUCAGCGAGCUAUGGAGAGGGCUAUGCUCGGGGUUUCUCUGCGUGAUAAACUUAGAAAUGAGUAUAUCCGCAGUAGAACCAGAGUAACCGACAUAGCCCAACGGAUUAGUAAGCUGAAGUGGCAGUGGGCUGGCCAUAUAGCUCGAAGAACCGACAACCGAUGGGGAAGAAAGGUUCUUGAGUGGCAGCCUCGUACCGGUAGGCGAAGUGUAGGGCGACCCCCCACGAGAUGGAGUGACGACCUGGUAAGACAUGCAAGAAGUCGAUGGAUGCAGGUGGCUCAGGACCGUGCUUUGUGGCAUUCCUUGGGGGAGGCCUAUGUUCAGCAGUGGACUUAUAAAAGGCUGUAAUGAUGAUGAUGAUGAUGAAGGAUUUUUGUAGUGAUAAAUAUUAAUGUAUAAUAAAAAAUUGUAUGGUAUGUAACCGUAGCAAAACAUACUGAUCUGUAACAUUCUGUAAAAUCUUUUAUAUACUAUGUUUUAUGCAAGUAAAUUAUUAUUAUUACUAUGGGGGAGUUUGUUUUGUUGUGCAGCAGUGGAUUUAAUGUUAGAUUGAAAGUCAGCUGUAUUGAAUGAAACAAAUGAAAGUUGUAGGUAUCUCCCUAAAUUUGUUCAUAAACUGCAAAGCAUCAGAGUUCUACAUUCAAUGCGUAAAUAAUAUCUAUCUUCAAUGAGGGCUAAUAAUUUUCUGCUCACCAGAUGUCGCUAGUUGACAAUGAGGUAAAGUUUUUUGUUACACAAUUGAGAAGUUAGUUUUUAAUAAAAGUUUAUUAGUUUCUAGAGUAUUAUAUUAAUACACAAAACAAUCUGUCAGUGGUUUGAUCUUUAAGUUUUUGCACAUUUUUAACAUUUUUUUUUAAUUUUUCCCCGUUAUGAAAUCUGUUAAAUAUUAUACUUCACUUUCUAGUGGCGCCGCCCUGGUGGCAGAAAAGUCGUGGAUGCCCUCAUUAGGAUCGAAUUUGGUUGAAAAUGUGUGACCACUGUAAAGUACUCUAUAGAUAAAAAUCACACGAUCCUUCUUGCUUCCUUUUUUAAGUUGGUAAAAAUAACAGUUCAUUUAGAGUUCAGUUUCAAAAGAAAUCCGGAUAGAUUAGUGUUAAGCGUCAUUCCGAGAUCUGCUAAAUUCAGAAAAAGUUGUGUAGCAAUGUGUGUUAAGAUAUAUAAUAAGAUCCCCAAUGACAUUAAAAACCUUAAAAUGAAUUUAUUUAAAUCGAGACUAUAUAGGUGGCUUAUUGAACUAAAAGUGUACGACAUUAAAGAAUUUAUUGACCUUAGGCUUUAAUAAUUUUUGAUUUGUUAAUAUUAAUUUUAUGAAUGUAUUUGACCCUUUUUUUAAAUAAAUGUAACUUUAAAUGUAUAUAACAUAAACUUAAAUUUGCAUGCUAAUUAUAAGCAAAACAUGUGUACUUAUUUUACUGUACCACCUACAAAUACCAUGUUUUAAGCAAAUAAAGAAUUUAUUAUUAU